UUCGAUACAUAAAUUUUUACUCCCUCCCUCAUAAAAUGUUCUUCUCAUUGUUGUUUACGAGAUUUGACCGGUUUUAUUUUCAAUCUAAUUUAUUUAAUUGUAGGUGUAAAAUUUAAAAAUAAAAUUUAUACAUUUAAUAAAUACAUCAAAAGUUAUACAAAAUAAGAAGAUACAAGACUAUUUAAUUUUAUCAAAUAACUGAUGAAAAUAGGCAAUCCAAAGUUUGGGUCAGACUCACGUAACGAUAAAUCAAACAAAAAAAUGGAUGAUAAAGUUGCUUCAAAAUCUAAAAUUCCAGCUUCAUCAUUCAAAAGGUUGGGUAGGAAAUCACCAUUCACUAGAUAUGGUCUCCCUAUGAUCUCACUCAUGGUGCUCGGUUCUUUUGGCCUUGGCCACCUUCUUCAAGGCAGCAAGGAUAUUGCUAAAGUAAAAGAUGAUCUAGAGUGGGAGAUUAUUGAGUCAAGGAAAGCACUUUCGAGAGACGGACAGGUCACCGCUUAUAACCCCAAAAAGAUUAACUUGGAGGAUGAAUUGAAGGCUUUGAAAGAAAAGAUUGAUAUAGACAAUUAUGAAUACAAGAGAAUUCCUAAGCCUAAUGAGGGCAAAUGAAAGGGCAACAUUUUUAUGCUGGGAAAAGAAAAUGGUGCAGUCCCAUGAUAUGAACUAUGAAGACAAACAUCAGUUAUAGUAUCUCCUGCGUAAGGUAUAUUGUUUGGUAGCAAUGUAUGCCUUUUUUGUCCCUGUCAAACAAUAAAUUCAAACCAUUUUAUGGUGUAUUUGAGAACUUGAAUUUGGGUUUCAAAU